AGUACGUCACUGAACAGAGCCAGAGCCAGUCUGCUCGUAGUCUCGUAGUCUCACUGCACCCACUGACGAGGAAGCAAGCAUAAGCAGCUGUCUCUGAUCGACUUCAGUCUGACCUGUAAUAACAAUUACUACGGUGAAGCCCCAUUCAUUUGCAUUCCUUCGCUGUCAAGAAAAACGAUCUCGCCCGUAUUUUCUAAACGCCUACUGCUCAAGAAGCGGCGAAAACCACCUGCAGCUGACGGUAGAUGAUCUGUCGUUGUUGCAAGCGAUCUCAUUUGCAUCUCUCGCUGGUGGUUGACAUCAGGAACGACAAGACACCGAACAGGGAGGUCGGAGAAAGCUCCAACGCCGUUUUUUCUGUAAAGGUGGAUCAACAGUUCAAGAAGCCCUGAUGAUGUGUGCGUUCAUGACACCAGUUCUCAAGAAUGACUGGGAGGUCUACAAAACGAAGCGUUCCAGAAACAAUUCGGAAAGUUCCGCUGUAACAGUGCCCACCGGCCAUCGCUCGCGGCCUUCCCAUGUGCGGAAGCGGGGCAUAGGGGAAACGGGGAGGAGCUUCUCGUACCACGCUCCUGGUGGGCAUGCGAGAGGCGAGAUGAUGUACGUGGGCUCCCCGCCUCGAGCCUACCAUAUGUCCCACAAGAACUCGAGGUACGCGUCGAGAACGUCCAUGGACCCUACUUCGCCAGGUGCCAUGAGUCCUCCUAAGAGCCCAACUGGAACGAAAAAUGAUGGACCAACAAAAAGUCCAUCCUCAGCGUCCCUUUCGAAAUUCCAUAAUAAGGUGAUGGACAAGCUGAAGAGUGUCCUACACCUGAAGGAAGACAGCAGCCAGGACGAGGGCCAAGAGGACACCAGAGGGCAGUCAUGAAGAACGGAGAAUGAAGGGACCAGAGCACCCAGGCAGCGAAGAACCGUCUGCAGCAGAACCUUACACGACGAAGCCUUGUGAUGGCCAAGAACUUCGAAACCAAAAAAAAACAAGAAGGUUCUGCCGAAGAUAAAGAUUGAUAAAAGAUGAAGAGUUACAUGGUGGAUGAUUUGGGUGAUCUUAGCUGGAUUUAAGACUUUUCUUUGGUUCUUCGAGUGAUGAUGUUGGCUUGAGGAAGAUUGAUUGAACAAUGUGAAAAAAAAGGAAUGUGGGAACUGCUGGACAGUGUGCAGAAGGGAACCUGAUGGUUUCCCCCCCUUUUUACUAGUGAGCCAGAAAUUCGGUGGAAAAAAGACGUACUAUUCUCUGUCACUCGCCCAUUUCUUCUUUCCAUUAUCUCUCUCAUUUAUCAUUUCUUCGUUCGUCCCUUCGAGCUGUUGCACACAUUUCCUCAAGUUAUAGACAGUUUAAAGACGGGAAAAUAUCUCCACCCUUGGAAUCAUAAUAAUAAUACCAAUAAGCCAUUAUUUACUUCCAGCGAUCCUGAAAAUGAUGUGGUUUUACACAUGAGAAACGGAGGCUAUACAUGAAUAUUUUCAGUGGUAGCGAAUAUUAUUUGUAUAAAUGUCAUAAUUUUUUAAAGCAAUGGGAAGUGUGACUGCUUGUGUAAACAUUCGUGGAAGAUGCCAUAGAAAGGACAAAGUUCUCUGCAAGCAAGCCACAACGACAGGAAGAAUCCGUCUGCACUUGUAUCAUUGACAUUGGAACGCAGCUUUUGAAAUUGUGAAUUGAUGUAUUCAUUUUGGCCUGUAUCUGCAAUUGAAUAUUGAUGCUGACCUUGUACCUGGUAGUAACAAGCAGAUUUUAUACUAUGCAAUAUAUAUAUAAAUAUAUAUAUAUAUGUAUAUAUGUGUGUAUAUAUAUGGAUGUAUAAAUGUAUAUUUAUAUAUACAUAUAUACACAUGUUUGUGUAUGCAUGUGUAAUUACACAAAAUGUAUUCGCGUUGUAUGUUUAUACAUAGAGCUGUGCCUGCAGCGCCCGUGGCGCCCACCGCCGCCUGCUCGCCGCACCACCUCGUGCCAAAACAAGAACUCGAAAGCAUUCUCCUGCCGAGGCGCGCGGGCCAAUACGGCAACGCCCUUGGCAACUUUGAAAUUGGCCACGGGGGGCGUGUCCUAGUUCUUAUCUCUCCGCCGUCGCUCAAUUUUCUAUUUGUAGGAGAUUCUGAAUGCGAAGCUGUGUCUUAUCGCCACCGUAUCUACACUUCGCAGCUAUCGGAAAGUAGCAGUGAUCUCUGGUCUUGUUCCUUCAGGAGAAGGAGGGCGCGUCGUCGGGUCGUUCCGGUACUCUAUUCUGUGUGUAUUUUUAUGUUAACUCGUAUUUAUAUGCAUAUUCAUGUACAUGUAUGUUUGCAAGUAUACAUCCAUCAUAUAUGUAUUUGUGCA